GAAAUAUUCCAGGUUCAGUGUAUAAACGUGAACGAUACGUCCUCAGUGCGGGACGUGUAAGGAGGAGACCAGUCGGUCGGGUGUUGAUUUACAGGCAGCGGGCAAACCUCAAGCUUCGAAUACAGGGAUCGACGUUUCCGUCAGAUGAUGGGGCGAUCCAAACAAAGUAAAGGUGAUGACAAGGCAAAGAAAGUGUCCUCCUCUCCAUGGGCUCAGCUGAAGGAAGAACAAAAGCAGCCAAAGCUUGCAAAACCGGUCCAAAAUCCACAAGGAACCUUUGAAACUGCACGUGGUGCCUCAGCAUUGCAGAACAACGACCAGUCUGAGGAAGUAUAUGAUGUACACGAUAACGAGGGGCCCGUGGUCCAUGGAGCAGCGUCAGAAACGCAGAGUGAACUGGACAAACUCAGUACUAGCAGAGAGUCGAUUGACUCUACUGAUCAACAUGAACAGGGAAUUUCGCCAUCACUGACGAAAGAAUUUGAUGCCCAAGUCCGUCCAUACAUUGACCUUAUUGACAACCUGCGGGCCUAUGGUUUGGACAGAGAUGUGGGACUGCCGGCGGUGGCAGUGAUCGGGGACCAGAGCUCGGGGAAAAGUUCUACCCUAGAGGCCAUAUGUGGAAUUCAGCUGCCGCGGGGCUCCGGUAUCGUCACCCGAUGUCCUCUAGAGUUAAGAAUGAAAUGCCAGCGGGAAAAGUAUCUUAACUGGGGUGGGAAGAUCUCUUACAAGGACAAACAUGGAAACAAGCAAUCUAAAGACAUCGACACCUCUGAGUCUGUAGAAGAAGCUGUCAAAGAAGCCCAGGAUGCCAUGACCGAGGGUGAAGUAGGAAUAAGUGAGGAACUGAUCACUUUGGAGGUGACGUCGCCUAAUGUCCCCGAUCUUACACUCAUUGAUCUGCCUGGGAUAGCCCGUGUGGCUGUGGAGGGACAACCCGCGGAUAUAGGCCGACAGAUUAAAAAGCUGAUUAAGCAUUACAUCCAGAAGCAGGAGACGAUCAUCCUGGUGGUGAUUCCCAGUAAUGUGGAUAUCGCCACCACAGAGGCCUUACAACUCUCACAAGAGUUUGAUCCGGAUGGUAAACGAAGUCUAGGAGUCCUCACCAAGCCAGACCUCAUCGACAAGGGCGCUGAAGCUCAGGUGCUCAAAGCUGUUAACAAUCAGGUGAUACCCUUAAGGAAGGGCUACACCAUGGUUAAGUGCCGUGGACAGGCGGCCGUGGACGAAAAACAAACCUUAAAGGAGGCAAUCCAAGAUGAGAAGGAUUUCUUUGAAAAUCACGACAAAUUCAGAGUCCUUCCUCAGGACCAGCGAGGGAUUCCUAGUCUGGCAAAAAGGCUGACAGUGGAACUGGUGGAGCAAAUCAAGAAUGUGGUGCCAGAUUUGAAAACCGACGUCAGAAAAAAACUUGAAGAUACACGAGAGGAACUGCGGAAUCUUGGAGACGGCUUACCUCUUACGGAGGAGGGGCGCCAAGGCGUCUUGCUGGAUAUCGUGUCAAGAUUCAAAGAUGAGCUGAAAGGCUUGGCCAAAGGAGAGUAUACUACAAACCUGGGACAGGAACUGAGACUGCUAACAGAAGUUCGAAGAAGGUUUGACACAUUCGGGACUGCUGUGGAAGGAAUGGCCCCCAGUGAAGAUGACCGCUAUUUGAUGAUCGACAUAAAAAAACAGGUUGCUAAUCAUCGGGGGCGAGAACUUCCCAACUUCAUCAUGUACCCUGUGUUUGAAGCACUUGUACGGAAGGUGAUUCGAAAUAUGAAGGAUCCUGGUGAGUUGUGUUUGAAGGACGUGGACAGGAGUAUCGACAUCGUCCUGGACAAACUGUGUAAUAAAUGGUUUUCCCGAUUUCCUCAGAUCAUGGGUGACGUUAAGACCAUUGUGUCUGCUCUGAGAGUGGCCGCUAAAGCUACGUGCGAGACAAAACUCGACGAACAGUUUGAUAUGGAGGACCUGAUUUACACCCAGGACAAAACCUACCUGAGAGAAAUUGAUAUUUUAAAAGAGAAGCAUAAAAAGGACGAAAAGAAAAGGUCGUAUAUGUCACAAGAAUAUGGAAAAGAAGAUAAAGAACAACAAGAAGCCGAACAUAUACUUGAUGCGCUGAAUUGUUACUUUACCGUGUGUUAUCGACGGGUUAUAGACAUGGUUCCGAUGAUCAUCCGUCAUCAGAUGCUCGGUGUUCUCGUGAACAGGAUUGGCAUCGAGCUGACGAAGUUUGCGGCUAACCUGGCGAACGCGAACCACGUGGUGGAGGAUCUCGGCGUGAUGCAAAAGAGAGCAGAGCUGCGCGACAGAAAGAAUCGUCUUCUACGGGCUGAGACAGACCUUAGUCGCUUCUAAAUCUGGCACGAGGGAAGUGAAAUCAGCAUUGCAGAUUUUGGUCACUUGGAAUUUGCCAUUAUUUUUUAAAACAAGAGUCUUCUUACGAAAUAAUCGUUAAGACAAUAUUUUGACAAGAUGUAUUAG